AUGAGUCCCCCUAUCAUCAACUUCCCUAGCCUUCAGCCGGCUCUCAUUUGCAAAGUCAACGUCGGCGCCGGACAUGUAGUCGGCCCAAAACACAGCGGCUCUACGCUGUUCCACUUUGAAACUCCCACGGGCACACUCGAGACGGUUGAAGGCUUUGAACCCAAGUUCAAUGCCGACGUCGUCUUUGGAGCCGACUGGCUUACCUUUGAUGAUGACAAAAAACACGCCCGUAUCAACUUGAAAGCAGUUGCCGUCGAAAUAACUUUUUUUUCUAGUACCAAGGACGACAAAGCUAUCGACUUUGGGUACCAAGGGAUUAUCUCUCUCAAUGAAGAAGUCCAGAGCAUCUUCAACAUGGCACCCACAUCCAAGAGCGUUCCUUUCGGAUUUUCCAGUACGUUAUCCCGUAGAAUGCAAACUGGCGCCCACACUUUUCAGAGCGGAGGCGAUGGCCUUCGAGAACUGGAGAACAUGACCUUCAUUGGCAAUGGUCGCAUGCUUGUGAACGAAGAGACACGUGUGAUUACGGUUGAGUCGCGUAUCUCGAGGGUUGUGCCAGCUACCGGCUUCGAUUGA